UUCUUUCACACACUCAACCCACCCAUGCACACAUGGAAUCUCAUCCCCCUUUCUCCCUCUCUCUCUCUCAAGAAACCCCAUUUCGCCACCAUUUCUCAGAGUCACAGACAGAGACAGACACAGACCCCAUAUUCUUUGGACUCUUCCUUUCUUAGGGCUUCGCAUUUUUGAAUCUUUAAGUUCUUGAGCCCUGAUCUUGUGCCCUCAAAAGAAAGUAGAGUUUGUAUUUUUUCUUCUGAAAACCCACAAACUCCUCGGUUUUCUGUGUCAAUUCCCCCAUUGCGCGUGUGAUCACAGAAACACAAAAAGGUCUCCCCCUUUUAAACUUUUUAUUCCUUUGGGUUGCUCUGUGGUUUUGUGUUGAACAUCGUUUCUGGGUGGCGGAUAUUUUUCUCUUCUGAGAAUUUUCCCGGAAAUUUCAUUUCUUUGAGGGUGGAAAACAAAACCCACCUGAAAUUAUCAUCUGGGGAAAGCUUGAUCCUCUGUAGUCACAGCUCAGAGGGAUCCAUUUCUCAGUUCAUUUGCUUUUAGGGUUUUGCUCAUCGUGCCUAAAUUCUGGUUCUGAAUCAUGAGCUCUGCUCAGAAUCACCACUUCAAGCUCCACAAUGUCGAAUUCCAAGAUUAUCCAUUUCACCAUUCGCACCAAGAAUUGCGUUUUGGAAGCUGAUCACGCUUAGUUUCUUUCAGGCAUUUUCACAAACACCUGGGUGCAAUUGACCUGGAUUUCAAUUUCUUGGCUCUGUUCAUCUCGAUUCUUUCCCUUGUAGAAGCCAUGGGUUGUGUCCAUGGCAAGUGUUGUGGCCGUUACCCCCAGUCUUCCGAUGGUGAUCUCCGGGACUUCAGAGAUGCUGGUCCGUACAGCGCUCAGAGGAAGCACAUACUCUCACAGAGGUCAUUGGAGUUCGUCCCUGUUCCUUCACAUGGCUAUCGUUUGGAGUACUCUUUGUUAACACAGCGCGGCUACUAUCCUGACUCGCCGGAUAAGGAAAACCAGGACAGUUUCUGUGUUAGUAAGCAAGUCCGAGGUAACCCGAAUAUCCAUUUCUUUGGUGUGUUUGAUGGGCAUGGCGAACUUGGUACCCAGUGUGCUAAUUUUGUUAAGGACAGGUUAAUAGAGAUAUUAGCCAAUGAUUCCACAUUGUCAGCUGACCCUGUGAAAUCUUACAAUUCUGCUUUUCUAACGACGAAUUAUGAGUUGCAUAAUAGUAAGAUUGAUGAUACUAUGAGUGGUACCACGGCAAUUACUGUGCUUGUUAUUGGGGAUACCCUUUAUGUCGCGAAUGUGGGUGAUUCGAGAGCAGUGAUUGCAGUUAAAGAUGGUAAUAGAAUUAUUGCAGAGGACUUGUCUUGUGACCAAACGCCAUUUAGGAAAGAUGAGUAUGAGAGAGUGAAGCUGUGUGGGGCCAGAGUUAUGAGUGUUGAUCAAGUGGAGGGGCUGAAGGAUCCAGAUAUCCAGACGUGGGGUGAUGAAGAGAGUGAAAGUGGUGAUCCUCCAAGGUUGUGGAUUCCAAAUGGAAGGUAUCCUGGAACUGCGUUUACAAGGAGUGUAGGUGAUAGUACCGCUGAGACGAUUGGUGUGGUUGCCACUCCAGAGGUUUCAAUGGUUAAGCUGACACCUAAUCAUCUCUUCUUUGUUGUCGCAAGUGAUGGAGUUUUCGAGUUCCUCUCAAGCCAAGCUGUGGUUGAUAUGGCGGCAAGAUAUCCAGAUCCUCGAGAUGCAUGUGCUGCCAUUGCUGGAGAAUCAUACAAAUUAUGGUUAGAACAUGAAACCCGGACAGAUGAUAUAACAAUAAUCAUUGUUCACAUCAAAGGCUUGUCCAAUUCAGCUGGUGGUGCUACAGAUGGAGCUAGUGGGGCCAAUAAUAGGCCGGCAACAAGGGUGAGAAAAAUUUCUGAGUCAUCUGUAACCACUGGGUCGGAAGUUUACCGUUCUGUGAGAAGUGAUUCCUCAGAAAUACAGUCUUGUCAGCUUGUGCUUUCGAUGAAUCGAAGCCCAGCUAUUGUUGUUCCAUCUCCUACAUGUCAGAGCCCUGUGAGUUGCGGUUGAACUGAAGGGCCUUAAUGCAGCUGCCACACGUCUCCUUGUUAUUUUUCUUAAGUGGAUGUGUGUUAGCGGGGCAUUCAGCCGUUACCAGAAGCGUUGGUUCUGCAUGUAGAAGGUGUUCCCCCGAACGCUAAUCUCACUAAUAACACGGUUUCUGACCUGUGUGAUAUGCCUGGAGAACAUAUUCUCUUCUGCUAAUCCAACAAUAUAGAUAGAGGGAGGAAAUGAGAUUGAAGUAGGAGGUACAUGGAAUUUAGGGCGAACAUUUCACAUACUUAAUCUUGUUGUUAGCUUCGGUUGUAAUUCGUCAUCUCCUAAAACUUAACGAUGAUUAGUAGAUAUAACAUAUUGUGUAUGCUCCUACCACUUCGCUAUAUGUAUAAUAUGAUUUCCUCUUGAGACCGAA